CCAUAGAAUCUAAUGUGGUUUGUUCAUAGCAGCUUUGCUGCUUCUCGAAGCUGUAGUUCUUAGAGGUUACAAGACAAGAUUGAAUGUGAAUAGAACAAAACCACUGCAAUAUGUGUUUUAAGAAUAAUAAACGACACGUCUAAUCUCAGAAAGCAUUGAUCAAAGGACUAAAGCUAUUGAGAGAAGAUUCUUCUAGUCAGACGUAAGACUAAGACAUCAAGGAUGUUAAAGGCUGCACAGCAACGCCCUCCAGGCAACCCAGCACCAAAGAACAAUAUUCCUACGAUGUAGCGCACCUAUAUAAAUCUAAGAAAACACGGCCAUCCAAUAUCAUCUACCAUAACAGGUAGGUACAUCUCCGAACUACCUUAGGUACCUACACAAGCAUGGCUGCAAGUAACGCUGCUUCAGAGGGUAAGAUUCAUAAGUAAACUAAAAUAUUAUUGAGAAACUUGCUAAAGUCUUGAAGACGCCAUCUCGUCAGGGAUGGUUGAAGUUCGUCAAUUGGUUGCUGUCGAUCAAGCCAUAUUCGCGAAAGUCGACAUCGCCCGCGGCACGCGUAUUGCUGCAGAGACCCCACUGAUAAUGUUACCACCCACUACGACUUUUGAGGAGGAGUUAUCAGGGAUUUGCAAGACUGUGGACAGUCUAACGAACGAGGAACUCAAGGAGUUAGACCAGCUGCCAUGCAGCUCCAAAGUGGCAGACGAGAUUCGAGAAAGAGGGUUCGUCACUAACCAGGUCUGGAGUUUCUAUAAGAGUAAGAAGUUGAAAAAUAGCGACGGAACUCUACUUAAAGGGAAGAAGCUGCGGAAGAUAGUCAACAAGACGGUCAACCUCUGCAUCACCUACGUGCUCAAUAACGUUCAGCUGGGUCCUUCUGGGAAAUACGGGUCGGGCCUUUUCUCCUUGUAUUCACGAAUCGGUCAUUCUUGCGUUCCUAACGCCUUCAAUUGUUGGAACCCGAUUCUACAGCGGCUGACUAUACACGCGAUUCACGACAUCAAAGCUGGCCAACAGAUCUUCGUGAAUUACACUGGCAUCACGUGCCGGACUCGCAACCAGCGCGGCGUCUCCUUGUAUGCCGUCUGGCGAAUCGUUUGCAAUUGCGCAGCCUGUACCGAUGAUGCGAUUGAUCAGUUGCGAUAUCGUAUGCUGCUCCUCGACCAAGCGCUAGCAGCCUAUCAACUCGGGGUACUCCACGAUCCACAUCUCACGGGUGUUCCGAAGCUCGCAACAGCCCAGCAAGCCCUGGGCGCUGCAGAAGAGCUUGUAAAGCUUCUCAAGAGACAGCGACUAUGUGGUAUGGAAAUUCGCAGAGCGUAAGUAACCCGCCUCAACUUAAGUCUCUGAAAGCUAAGACUCGGGAUGCUCCGCUCUGCGGUACUUGGAGAAUAACAAAGAUGACAGGCUGCGCGAAUGUUCGAGAUUUGCCUUUGACAGCAGGGCAUACGAGAAGGCGUUGAAGUAUGCGCGCGAGGAGCUGAAGUAUGAGACGAUGCUUAUCGGCACGGAAACUAGUCAUCUAGAAGAAGAAAAUGACGGCGCGAAAUAUUGGGUUGAGUAUUUGGAGAAAGAAGUCAACGCUCAUGUCUUUCGUUGAUAGGAGAUAACUUCGUUACUGGAGUUUAUUGGAUUCUUUGGGUCGGGUCGGAGUGGGUAUUAGAGAGAGAUAUUAGAAGAACUAUCUCAUCUCAUUUUAUCUUAUCUCAUCUCAUCGCUGAUUACUAACUCCGGUCACUUACUGAAGCUAAAAUGUCUGGGUUUACGAUUCAUAUUGCUUCAUAGAAAUAUAAAUGUGAUACGAUUGGAC